AUGCCGGAAAAUCGCGAUUUCGCCGUGCGGCCACUUUCGAAGCAAGUAAGAAACGACCACCGAGAUGCCUUUCGAGUAUACCUCUCGUCGACCUCGUUGGCCAUUCUCAAACUUAAAGCUGGCGAUGUCUGUCGUAUAUUACUUCCCGGCGGAGGUUCGAAGGACGCUAUAGCCUGGAAUUCGCCUGAGAGCAUAGGGAAGUCAAUUGUACAAACAUCAAGGACUCUCCAAGAUUGUUAUGGAAUCAAACUCGGUGAUCAGAUUUCCCUUGUCAGGGUGGACGAGGCUCUGCAGGAAAUUGGAUCUAUUUCCUUGACCGACUGCUCCGACUCUGACAGAAUUGAACGAUACGGUCCGAUCCCAAUACAAGACAGACACCACUGGGCUUGGUCUCUGGAGUUUCCGCUUUCAAAGUGCGAGGCCCUAGCUGUGGGAUUGACUUUUGACUUGGAGGUCAGGGGCCAGAAAAGGAGCUUUAGGAUCGCGAACAUUCGACCGGUGGACCAAAACAAUGGCAGCACUCUAUUUCGGUUCGGAGUAAACUCGAAGGUCUUGAUAGACGAGGCCCAGGGCGAUGUCGACGAAAGCCUAAGCUCUCGGCUUGAGGUCCUCUCGAUCGGUCUCGGAGGGAUGAGCCGCCAGAUCCAGGCCAUCAACGAGACCCUUGCGGACUUUCAUCCUGAUACAGACAUACUCACCAUGCCUACCUUCUACGAGCACAGCAGGGGGAUUCUUCUGUAUGGUCCGAAGGGAACAGGUAAAUCUGCCCUUCUUGGCCAGAUCCGGGCGGCAGCAUGGCGAAGAACAUUCGAUAUCGGCUCUUCGGCAUUUAGCAAGGGUGUUGGGGAUGGAGAGACUAAGUUGCGCAAUAUAUUCCAAGAAGCUAUUCGAUACCAGCCUAGCGUUGUGAUUAUUGACCAAUUGGAAUUCAUCGCACCGAAAAAAGCUUCAGCAGAUUCGCACCCUCUCGCGCCCACGUUAUGCGAGUGCAUGGAUAUGGUGCGCGCCGCCCGGGUCCUCGUGGUCGGGGCUACUCGGCAUCCGAAUGAUGUCGAUGAUGUUCUACGAACUCCUCACCGGUUUGCCGACGAGAUCGAGUUGCAAAUACCUACGGCGCGUGAUCGUGCUGAAAUCUUGCAUGCUAUAUGCGGAGGCCCAUCUGUGGCACUCGACGAAAAGCUCAUUGAACUCUUAGCGGAAAAGACCCAUGGUUAUGUGGGAGCUGAUUUGUUUGCUUUGCUACAGCUCGUGUGCCGCAAAGCUCGACGGCGGCAGAUUAACAGUUCCGGCUUCAGAGACUUAAACCUUGAACGUGAAAGAACGCUCGAUGAACCACGAGACCAGCAAUCAUCCAAAGAGUCGAUCGUCGAGUUGAAGAUUGAGGAGAGUGAUGUCCUAUCAGCACUACAGGAGACCCGGCCAACUGCAAUGAGAGAAGUAUUCUUAGAAACGCCGACGGUCAGAUGGACAGAUAUUGGUGGUCAGCAUGAAAUCAAAAGGCGGCUACAGAAGGCCGUUGAACGGCCCUUAAAGUUCCCUGAACGGAUGGAUAGGCUCAAUGUGAAGAGCAAGAAGGGCAUUCUCCUUUACGGACCGCCGGGUUGUUCCAAAACACUAACCGUCAAGGCUCUGGCUACGGAAGCGGGCUUGAACUUCAUGGCCGUCAAAGGCGCGGAGAUUCUGAGUAUGUAUGUUGGCGAAUCGGAAAGAUCCUUGCGUGAGAUCUUCAGAAAAGCACGAUCAGCUAGGCCAAGCAUCAUAUUCUUUGACGAAAUCGAUGCUAUUGCGGCAAAGCGUGGAAACUCUUCUCAAGGAGGUGUCAAUGUGCUCACAACUCUAUUGAACGAGAUGGAUGGCAUUGAGGAGCUCAGGGGUGUCUUGGUUGUUGCGGCGACGAAUAAGCCCGAUGUCCUCGACCCAGCGUUGAUGCGUCCGGGACGUCUGGAUAACAUCCUUUAUAUUGGACCUCCUGAUUUCGAAGCUCGGGCAGAGAUUCUUCACAUUUGGUUCAGUAAGUCAGUGGUUGAUCCAGAAGUAGCGCUCGAUGACCUGGCUUUGAGAACUGAAGGCUACACUGGGGCAGAAAUCGUUAGCAUUUGCCAGACGGCAGGUGACGCCGCGCUGGAUGAGGAGGACGAGACCGGUCAGGAGCAAAAUGUCUGCUGGAGACACUUUGAGUAUGCUCUCGACCAGGUUAGGAAACAGGUGGACGAGAAUAUGGUUCGAGAGUACGAGCAAUGGCGAGACUCCGUGGAUAUUAAGUGA